UUUGCGUGCAGCAGAGGAGGAGGAGGCGGCGAAGCAGAAGAAAAGUGCUGCUGUUUGCGGGAUCACUCACAAAGUCUCUCCUUUCUGCUUCACUGGCAUCGCUGCUGGGAGAGCUAACAGACUGUUUACUGUUUAUUUUAAUCGGCAGUAACGAGGUCUUCUCUUCCAAACAUCAACGCUAACCUCGCUAUCGCACCUGCCUCGGAACAUGGACAACAAAGACUGAUCACACUACGCUUUGCGGCAACACACCGAGACAACCUUACCUAGGAAACCGCAGAGAUAUUCAUUUAUUUCAGAGGCUGGGCUGCACACGAGAGGCUGGUGCUGCAGAAGGGGGUUUAUGUGCUCGACAUUUGCUGGUGGACCUCCAUAUUGCAGGCCUAUCGGAGCCUGGAGGGUUUAAUUAUAGCAACACUUGGAUGCGCGCUCGGACAUCCAGCAGGAGAGACAUUUUCAAGGGUCGAGGCGGAGAAUCUCAGGCCUACAUCAGUGUUUUAAUUAUUUAACAAUCCCUGCAGGACAGUACCAAGCAUCCGACCAUUUUUGAUUGGUCUCCGUCUGCAAUCCUGUGUGUUCAAUGUUUCCUUAAAAACACAGGAGCAUAAUGUGGGUCAUUCCCGAAGAUGUGUUACUGGCGGGCGCAUUGUGGAUCACCGAGAGAGCCAAUCCAUAUUUCAUACUCCAGAAACGGAAGGGCCACGGGAAUGGAGGCGGAGGACUGGCUGGUUUGCUGGUCGGGACCCUGGAUGUGGUUUUGGACUCCAGCGCUCGCAUGGCCCCGUAUAGGAUCCUCUACCAGACCCCCGACUCUCUGAUUUACUGGAUCAUCGCUCAUGGAACGUCUCGUAAAGAGAUCACGGAGCACUGGGAGUGGCUGGAGAACAACCUGCUGCAGACGCUCUCCAUCUUUGAGAAUGAGAACGACAUUACCACCUUUGUCAAAGGAAAAGUCCAGGGCAUCAUUGCUGAGUACAACAAGAACCACGACGUCAAAGAGGACGACGACACGGACAAGUUCAAGGAGGCGAGCGCUAAGUUUCGUAAACUGUUCGGGAUGCCGGAGGAGGAGAAGCUGGUCAACUAUUACUCCUGCAGCUACUGGAAGGGAAAAGUGCCGCGACAGGGCUGGCUCUACCUCAGCAUCAACCACCUCUGCUUCUACUCGUACCUGCUGGGAAAAGAAGCCAAACUGGUGAUGCGUUGGGCAGAUAUCACUCAGCUGGAGAAGAGCGCCACCCUCCUGCUGCCCGACGGGAUCAAAGUGAGCACCCGCCUCAGCGCGCACGUCUUCUCCGUCUUCCUGAACAUCAACGAGACCUUCAAGCUGGCGGAGCAGCUGGCAAACAUCGCCAUGCGGCAGCUGCUGGACAACAAAGGCUUCGAGCAGGACCGCUCGCUGCCCAAGCUCAAGAAGAAAUCCCCCACCAAGGUGUCGGCUCUCAAGAGGGAUUUGGAUGCGAGAGCGAAGAGUGAGCGUUACCGAGCGCUCUUCCGUCUGCCCAAAGACGAGAAGCUGGACGGACACACAGACUGCACCCUGUGGACGCCCUUCAACAAGAUGCACAUCCUGGGACAGAUGUUCGUUUCCACCAACUACAUCUGCUUCACCAGCAAGGAGGAGACGCUGUGCAGCCUCAUCAUUCCCCUACGAGAGGUGACCAUCGUGGAGAAGGCAGACAGCUCCAACGUGCUGCCCAGCCCGCUCUCCAUCAGCACCAAGAACAGAAUGACAUUCCUGUUUGCUAAUCUGAAGGACCGGGACUUCCUGGUCCAGAGGAUUUCUGACUUCCUGCAGCAGACCACCUCCAAGAUCUACCUGGAGAGAGAGCUCACCGGCAGCCUGACCAGCUCCGAUGACGAGGUUUACUCCCAGCAUGGGUCCCUGCUCUCCAGCAGCCCGCAGAACAGUGUGAGCUCAGAAGGCGAGCGCACGUUCAACCUGAACGACAGCAGCGUGCCUACAGCCACUCAAGCUCUCAUGACCAUGUACCGCCGCCGCUCACCUGAGGAGUUCAACCCCAAGCUGGCGAAGGAGUUCCUGAAGGAGCAGGCGUGGAAGAACCACUUCACAGAGUACGGGCAGGGAGUGUGUAUGUACCGCACGGAGAAGACCAAGGAGCUGGUCCUCAAGGGGAUUCCUGAGAGCAUGAGAGGAGAGCUCUGGCUGCUCUUCUCUGGGACGAUCAACGAGAUGGCCACCCACCCCGGAUACUACGAAGACCUGGUGGAGAAGUCGAUGGGGAAAUACAACCUGGCGACAGAGGAGAUCGAGAGGGACCUGCACCGCUCGCUGCCCGAACACCCGGCCUUUCAGAACGAGAUGGGCAUCGCCGCGCUGCGCAGGGUCCUCACGGCCUACGCUUUCAGAAACCCCAACAUCGGAUACUGUCAGGCUAUGAAUAUUGUGACCUCUGUGUUGCUGCUCUACGCCAAAGAAGAGGAGGCUUUCUGGCUGCUGGUGGCGCUCUGUGAGAGGAUGCUGCCCGACUACUACAACACCAGGGUUGUAGGAGCCCUGGUGGAUCAGGGGGUGUUCGAGGAGCUGGCCCGUGAGUACGUCCCUCAGCUGUACGACUGCAUGCAGGACCUCGGGGUCAUCUCCACCAUCUCUCUCUCCUGGUUCCUCACCCUCUUCCUGUCCGUCAUGCCGUUUGAGAGCGCCGUGGUGGUGGUGGACUGCUUCUUCUACGACGGCAUCAAGGUCAUCUUUCAGCUGGCGCUCUCCGUGCUGCACGCCAACAUCCACCAGCUGCUCAGCUGCAAGGACGAUGGAGAGGCCAUGACUGUUCUCGGCAGAUACUUGGACAGUGUGACCAAUAAGGACAGCACCCUCCCUCCCAUCCCCCACCUGCACUCCCUACUGACAGACAAUGGAGAACCACAUCCAGAUGUCGACAUCUUCAAACUGGUCCGCAGCUCCUACGAGAACUUCGGUUCAAUCCGUGCAGAUGUGAUUGAACAGAUGCGUUUCAAACAGAGACUGAGGGUCAUCCAAACCAUUGAAGAUACAACUAAACGCAACGUGGUCAGGACCAUUGUAACAGAGACUGCCUUCAGCAUUGAUGAGCUGGAGGAGCUCUAUGUGCUCUUUAAGGCGGAGCACCUGACCAGCUGUUACUGGGGCGGCAGCAGCAACCCCACGGAGCGCCACGACCCCAGCCUGCCGUACCUGGAGCAGUACCGCAUGGACGUGGAGCAGUUCAGGGGGCUGUUCAACCUGCUGUUCCCCUGGGCCAAUGGGGCGCACUCCGACCCCUUGGCCCUGCGCUUCUUCCGCAUGCUCGACCAGAACGGAGACGCACUCAUCAACUUCCGGGAGUUCAUCAGCGGCCUGGGCAUCUUGUGUUACGGGGAGCUCACCGAGAAGCUGAAGCUCCUCUACAAGCUGCACGUCAUUCCUGAAAUCCCUCGUGAGGAGCCUGACUCUGCGUUUGAGGCGACUCAGUACUUCUUUGAAGACAUCGCUCCAGAAACAUCCAUCGGUCACGACUCAAAGAGCAGCAGUGAGAAGGAUGAUGGUUUUGUCAGAGUUACAUUUAAGACUGAAAAAGUGAAGAAACUGAAAACUCCUGAAUGUCGCAAUUACCUGAAACUGUGGAACCAGGAGACAAAAUCUAAACUGGAAAACACAAAGGAUCUCCCCAAGCUGAGUCAGAGCCAGUUUAUCGAGCUGUGCAAGACCCUCUACAGCAUGUUCAGUGAGGACGCUGCGGAGCAGGAGCUGUAUCACGCCACCGCCACCGUCACCAGCCUGCUGCUGGAGAUGGGAGAGGUGGGGAAGCUGUUCUCUCCUGGCAGGAAGGAUCACAACAUGGAGGGUAAACCAGAGCCAGAUGUGUGUACCAGAGACGCCACAGAGCCCAAAACAAACCAAGAGGCCGUGCCUGCGUUCCGGCAGCGAGUCCAGGAUGAUGAUUUUGCCCCUGAAGGUGUAGAGAGCAAGCAAAGCCCCUGUGAGGAUGGGAAGCAGGAGGAAGGGAGUGAGCAGCUGCCUCCAAUGCAAGACAUCAAGCUGGAGGACUCGUCCCCCAAAGACACGGGCACUUCCUCCGCCAUGCUGAUCUCUGAUGACGAGACCAAAGAUGACACCUCGAUGUCGUCUUACUCGGUGCUGAGCGCGGGCUCCCACGAGCUGGACGAGAAGCUGCAGUGCGAGGACAUAGCAGACGACACGGUGCUGGUGCGCAGCGACCCCGGGGGGGAGAGGGGGAGCGCUCCCCACAGCGGGGGGGCCUACGACAGAGGGAUGCCUCACAGCACCAGCAUCGAUAAAGACUGGACCAUCACGUUUGAGCAGUUCCUGGCCUCUGUUCUCACUGAGCAGGCCCUGGUGAUUUAUUUCGAGAAGCCGGUGGAGGUGGCGGCUCGUAUAACUAACGCCAAAAAUGUGCGUAAAGUGGGGCGCUCGCUGUCUUCAAGUGACUAUGAUAUCUCGCUAUCUGGCUGAGAUUCCACACACAGACUUUUUAAAAGGGAAGCAUGGUCAUUGUGUAUAAAAAGUCUCGGUGAGUUUCAGAGGACAAUGAAGGUCAGUGUAUGAUAGUUGAAUGAAUGUGACCAGAACUGGCUCUUAGCGAUGUAUUAUACGAGAUGUGAAAGACUUUUAUUAUAACAAUCACUAGAUUCUGUCCAGCGGAGAGCGAUGGGACAUUAAUAUUAAGGUUUGCUCAAAUGAAAUUGGUGUCUAUGUAGUAGCUGUACUUUAUAAGACAUUAUGCAUAAGUGUUGAUAUUGUAAUCUGUAGUUACUCUAGUACUCUUAGGCUACGUAGAUGUACAUGUCCACAGAAACAGUACAGUGCUAAACUGGUCUACAUACGAUCACCCUAACAUUAUAUCUGGUCAAACUGUCGCUGCAUUACUUUACAUUUGCUGUUAAUCAUGAAACGAUUUUUUGUUUCUCUUCAAAUGACUAUAUGGUAAAAAUGCAAAACGAAGCUGUGAAAAUUCAACGAUAUACUGAAUUUUCAUGAAUAAUGUCUCACUUAAACUGUUGACUGAAGCUAUUGUCUUUUCACACACACAAUAUACGACAUCCUAAACAUUCACUCCCUAACAUAAUAUUCCCAUUAAUUGCUUCGAUGGGUUUUCUCCGGUUAUUUAUUGGUAAUAUCAAACCAUAAGAAAAUGACUAACACCUGAUAUUUAAGGAUUCUGUGUGUCUUUAGACACAAAAAAAUGCUGUUGAAUGAAAAAGUUGCACUUUCUUUAUGUGAUCCACUAAGAUAUUAAGGCCUUUUUUUAAAGAACCUGUUUUAACCUUUGUGCUCUGUACAUUUUUACUUUGCUGUUUUUAUGUAAAUAUGUUUUUUUAUUUUAAUUGUCCUGGUGGUUUUACUCUGGAUGAUGAUGCAUUGUAUCACUCCAUCUUAUUAAAGUUACGGUAUGAUUCGAUGCUGCACAGUU